AUGUCUUCAAAACACUUCUUCUCCGACGCCUUCUCCCUGGUCAUCGAAGCCCUCCGGUCUCUGACCAUCACCAACCCCUCGCUCGCCUUCGACGAAGAAAACAAAAUCAUUUUCCGCCGUCCUGAGACAUACAACAAAUCCAAUGUCGCUGUCAUCAGCGGCGGUGGUUCCGGUCACGAACCUGCUUUUGCAGGUUACGUCGGGAAAGGGUUUUUAACUGCUGCCGUUGCAGGAACAAUCUUUGCUUCUCCCUCAGCCGAGCAAAUCAGUAGAGCGACUCUGGAACGUCUGGAGACUGAAAAGGGUGUUUUAAUUAUCCCCAUGAAUUAUACAGGAGAUGUGCUGCAUUUUGGUAUGGCGGCUGAAAAGACAAAGGCUGCUGGCAGGCCGGCUGAGUUUUAUGCUAUUGGUGACGAUGUCGGUGUUGGGCGUGCGAGGGGUGGGAAGGUCGGUCGACGUGGCCUUGCUGGAGGUAUUUUGGUUAUGAAGAUUGCCAGUGCAUUGGCCGAAACUGGCGCUUCGUUGGAAGAAGUAUACCGUAUUGCACGACUAUCAGCCGAAAAUACAGUAACCCUAGGCUCUUCUCUCGAACACGUCCAUGUACCAGGCCGCGAUCCAAUGACCGAAUUCGUACCCGAAAACGAAGUCGAAGUAGGCAUGGGUAUCCAUAACGAACCCGGUUCGCAUCGCAUGAAGUCCGCCGAUUUACCCACCUUAGUCAAAACCAUGCUCCUGCAACUGCUAGACCAUAACGACCCAGACCGGGCCUGGAUGACUCGUCAACUGGGCGACAAAUUUGUCUUGCUGAUCAACAAUUUGGGUGGUGUCAGCACCCUUGAAUUGGCCGGAAUCACUGCCGAAGUUUCAAAACAACUUGCCACGGAAUAUGACAUUAAGCCUGUCCGUACAUUGCAAGGAACAUACUUGACCAGUCUGAACGGCCUCGGUUUCAGUAUCUCGCUUUUGAAGCUUGUUGAUUCCGGUCUGGGUGCUGGUAAAUCCUUGCUUGAACUUCUUGAUGCUCCCACCGAGGCCGUUGGCUGGGCUGCUCCCAUCCAACCAUCAACCUGGGAAAAGCAUGCUUCUGACGGACCUGUUGAAUUCAAAAAGGUUGAUCUGAGUCAAGACCAGCCAAGUAACCUUAGAGUCGACCCCGUCGUUCUUAAGAAAGCCCUUACAUCAGGUCUGAGCCGCAUAAUUGCCGCCGAACCUGAAAUAACUCGCUUCGACACCAUCGUCGGUGACGGCGACUGCGGUGCAGGCCUCAAACGCGGCGCAGAAGCCAUCCUCAAAGUCAUCCAAGGCGACAACAUAACCGACGAUGUCGUCCUCACUGUCGAUAAAUUUGUCAACGCCGUUGAAGCCAAUAUGGACGGAACCUCUGGCGCAAUUUACGCCAUUUUCUUGAAUUCUCUUGUCAACGGUCUCAGAGCCCAGGACAACACUGGGUCAGCGCAACAAGUCAACGCCAAGAUCUGGGGUCAUGCUUUGAAACACGCUGUUACCGCGUUGUCUCAAUAUACGCCUGCACAGGUCGGUGAUCGUACGCUGAUUGAUGCCCUGGUGCCGUUCUGCGAUACUUUGGCCGAGACGGCGGACAUCAAGACUGCAGCUAAAGCGGCUGAGGACGGUACUGAAGCUACCAAGCACCUCAAAGCUAGUCUUGGUCGGGCCGUGUAUGUGGGCAGUGAAGAAGAGUGGUUGGGUAAGGUUCGUGAUCCUGGUGCUUAUGGGUUGGCCAAGUUCUUGACCGGUCUUGCUGAGGAGUUAUAAUAAUGCAUAUUGUUGAUGUUGACGACAAAAUCUUUGACUUUAUGCGGUCAUGUUUUUACUAGUUGUUUUUGGUUAUUCGGGCCAUUUCCAGUUGAGCGAUAUUGUUCUAGUUUUAUUGAGCAUUUCAUGAUUGAGUUGUCGAUGUUGAUGUUAUUUAUCUUAGUGGGUCAUGUGAUAUCAAUUUUGAUAACAUCACUCCUACAAACCUUUGAUUCUCUAUUUUGUCGACUCACGCAGGCCCGUCUCAUUGGUAUAUAUCUAAUCACACACUGCAUGAAUAAUGAGACUCAAUUCGUCCCUAAAUGAGUAUAAAGGAACACAAUCCCAAACGCCAGCAUUUCGCUUCUAGAGUAUCCGCCUAAUCCCUAGGUCCGUAAACACACAUGCCAGAUUUAGUCUUUAUUCUAUUCUUCAUUCGAUUUCGAUUGUCGGCGUUCGAUGUCUUAGGAAUGAAGACUGAUUGAUCGUAUCCAGCAAGAUGAGCUGAAAGCAUACCAGUCCAUGUUAGGAUACAUAUGUAAACGCUGAUGGUUGCAUUUGAUGUGUCUUGGUAUGCCACAAUGACGACGACGUUCCUCCGGAGAUCUCCUUCUGAAAACAUCCAUGUCGACAUCGAAGCUUUCCAGAACUGAAGAACGACCGGGACCGAGACCGAAGCGGAAGAAGAACCGAAAGGAUAAUUUAACUGAGCAAGACAAGAAUUACCGAAUCGCCUCGUAAGAACCUAUAUCU